CGCGCGGUAUAAGCACGUUGAUUUGUGGGACAAGGGCUUGCUAACCCAACGUGCCGGUUUGCUGUUCAAAAAGAAGUGGAAAAAUCGCUCCUGCAUUGGAUUACAUAUUUUGGGUGGGAUUAUUUGAAAACACUUCCGGAGUAUUUCUCCCAGAUCAGACAUCAAAAUGGCAGAAAUGCAGGAAGCUAGUCCCCUUGAAAAGAAGGUGGCUGAACAAAUUGAGUAUUACUUUGGAGACCACAAUCUUCCAAGAGACAAGUUCCUGAAGGAGCAGAUCCAGUUGGAUGAUGGAUGGGUGACACUUGAAACCAUGAUUAAAUUUAACAGGCUGAAGUGCUUGACAACAGAUUUUAACAUCAUCAUCAACUCACUGAGAAAAUCUAAAACUGGCCUUUUGGAAAUCAAUGAGGACAAGACAAAAAUUCGGAGAUGUCCUGAAAAGCCCCUCCCAGAACUGAAUGAGGAAUAUAAAGAUGCUGUCAAACACAAGUCGGUCUACAUUAAAGGAUUUCCAACAGAAACAACCCUUGAUGAAAUUCAAGAAUGGCUACAUGGCAAAGGGAAAAUUGAAAGUAUUCAGAUGAGAAGAAAUCUACAGAAAAAUUUCAAAGGUUCCAUAUUCCUCAUUUUGGACUCUGAAGAAUCUGCAAAGCAGUUUGUCGCACGACCUGAUUUGCAAUCAUUCAAAGACAAUGAAAUGAGCGUCCUUUUAAAAGAAGCUUAUGUUGCAAAGAAAAUAGAAGAACGGAAACGGCUCAGAGCAGAGGCAAAGGCCAAAGCCAAACAUGAAAAAGAGGAAAAACAGAAACGGGCCGAAGAUGAGGAAAUGAAGUCUUUGGAUGAGCAGAUGGGCUGCCUGCUGAAAUUUUCGGGUGAUCUUGAACAGACUUCAAGAGAGGACUUUCAUGACUUGUUUUCCGGGCAUGGUCAAAUUAAGUGGAUUGAUUUUGUUAGGGGUGCCAAGGAGGGAACAAUUCUUUUCAAAUCAAAUGCUAAGGAAGCGCUCAAUAAGGCCAAAGAGGCCAGUGGAGGAGACCUGAAAAUAAAUGGCAAAGACGUGAAAUGGGAAGUUCUGGGUGGCGAUGUGGAAAAAGAGACCCUGAAGAAGAUGAUUGAAAACCAACAGGAGUCCCUCAACAAAAGAAAAGGGGGCUGGAAACAUGGAGGUCGAGGAAGAGGUGGCAGAAGAGAACAAGGUGGCAGAUCUCAGGGCAAAGUACAGUACCAGGGCAAGAAGACCACAUUUGACAGUGAUGAUGAUGCUGGUGAAGCAGCAAAUGUGAGCCCAAAGAAAAGGGUGCUGGAAGAAGGAAAUGGGAAAGAUUCUGGAGAACCAGCUGCAAAACAAGUGAAAACUGAAAAUGGGUCUGAAAAAUGAAGUCUCGCCAUAUCAAUGUUUUUUAACUUUUAUUUGCAGUGGGUACAUUACAAAAUCAGCUUGAAUGCAUUCCUGCUGUGGCUUCAUGAAAUGGAGAAUCGCAUGAAGUCCACUUCAAUGUCAACCUAGUUUGAAUGUAAAGAUAGAAUGGUUACUUCUCCAUUUCUACUUGCUGUGCACAUUUAAAUCCAAAAGGGUAAAUAUUCAACAAUAAACAUGAAUACAUUGACGGGAUCAUAGGUAUCUAAAAACAGCAGUACCACUACUUCUGUGAUUAUGAACACAUCCUCUCUGGGUGUAUAUACUUUUUGCUGGGGAAAAAAUAAAUGCUUGUAUAACCCUUAAUUUUAGCCCAUUAAAUUUGUCGUACAUUUUGUUAUUGUGUGAUCUUCCAAAAAAGCUGUAAUUUCCUUGUGUACAAAUGAUUAUGGUUUUGUUCUAAAAUGCAUUGUGUGUAAUAAACUUUGAUCUUCAAGACAGUU